AUGACUUCACUUGAACUGAAUCUUCCCCCUUCCUACGAGACGCUUGAUCUUACGCACAUCAAGGUUUCUCAUCAUCCGGUCGGAGCCCCAAGUGCGACCCCCGUGGUAGUCGUCACGUUGAAUCGCCCCGAGAAACACAAUGCGUUCACGCCGCAGAUGGCCGAUAGUCUCACGAAAGCUUAUCAUAUGUUUCAUAUUGACUCCCGGGUCAAGGUAGUUGUUCUAACUGGUGCAGGCAAGAUGUUUUGCGCGGGAAUGGAUUUGAAUAUUGGUUUUGGCGAUGGUGAAGGGAGCACCAGGGACUUCCGUGACAUCGGGGGUCGAGUCACUCUGGCAAUGCAUCGAUGCCAUAAACCCACCAUUGUUGCCCUGCAGGGCUCUGCUGUGGGCGUUGGCAUGACAAUGACUCUUCCGGCGGUCAUUCGCAUCUGCCACGAGAAGGGCAAAUACGGGUGCUGUGUUCCCGCCGUCAGCCCGAUAUUUUGGAGAUAUUUUCACAGAGAUGCUUCCGGACGCAAGCAGGGUCCUGUCACGAGCUUUGGAGUUGGCUCAAGACAUGGCAGAGAAUACCAGCCCCUAGCGUCAUCGAUGAGUCGUGCGUUGAUGUGGGAAUGUCCAGGAUCUCCAGAGGAGACACACUUGCUCGAAUCUCGCGUCUUUCAUCAUAUGAUUCGCCAGCGAGACUAUAAGGAAGGCGUCAGCUCGUUCUUAGAGAAACGAAAGGCGCAGUUUGAGACGGAUCCCUGGGAAAGCAGUGCCCCCGAGUAUCCGUGGUGGUCGGAGGCCAAUAUUAGCCUUGAAUCAAAGGUGUCGAAGCAUUCUAAGCUGUGA